CACUCACACUUAAAAAGAGUAAAAUACAGUUUAUGACAUUGUCGCUACCAGGUACCAAUCAAUCCUCUCUGCUCAAAACCUCCAACUCUAAAGAACAAGACGAUGUCGUAUUUGCCACCACACCUCAGGAACUCCACUUCAGACUCAAUGAGCAAAGCAUCUCCCACCAACUCCUCUGUUGUAACCCUAAACACUGACCACUCCAAGCUCUCAUUUUCUUCAAAUUCAAAUUCUGUCGCCUCCUUCUCUAAUGCCUUUCGUCGGACCGCCGCAGCUCAAACCCUCCCUGAACCUGUUUUCGCUACCUGGAAACCCUCUGACCGCAUCCUCCGCUUGCAACCUCAACAAAUUGAAGAGGUAUGUUCGCGGCUUCAUGUUGAUGUUAACGUUGGUUCACGCUCUCUUCCUGCUCCUCCACCAAUUGAAUCUUUUACAGACAUGUGUUUGCACCCUAGUAUCAUGAAGGAUAUUGAGUUUCAUGAAUAUACAAGGCCAACUUCUAUUCAGGCUCAGGCGAUGCCGGUAGCUCUUAGUGGAAGGGAUCUGUUGGGUUGUGCUGAAACUGGUAGUGGUAAAACUGCUGCAUUCACCAUCCCUAUGAUACAGCACUGCUUGGCUCAAACACCAGUUAGGCGUGGUGAUGGACCAUUGGCAUUGGUAUUGGCUCCUACUAGAGAACUUGCCCAACAAAUUGAAAAAGAGGUUAAAGCUUUUAGUCGAUCUCUUGAGUCCUUCAAAACUGCAAUUGUGGUGGGUGGAACAAACAUUGCUGAACAGUCUGAGCUACGGGGAGGUGUCAGUAUAGUUGUUGCUACUCCUGGAAGAUUUAUUGAUCAUUUACAACAAGGAAACACAUCUCUUUCUAGAGUUUCAUUUGUUGUUCUGGAUGAAGCUGAUAGAAUGCUUGAUAUGGGGUUUGAACCACAGAUAAGAGAGGUAAUGCACAAUCUUCCAGAGAAGCAUCAGACUUUGCUGUUUAGUGCAACCAUGCCUGUGGAGAUAGAAGCAUUAACACAGGAGUAUCUAGCCGAUCCUGUCCAAGUUAAGGUGGGUAAAGUGAGUAGUCCAACAGCAAAUGUUAUUCAGAUCUUGCUGAAGGUUUCUGAGAGUGAGAAGAUUGAUCGACUUCUAGCUUUGCUUGUAGAAGAGGCUUCUCAGGCUGAAAGAUCUGGUCAUCCAUUCCCUUUAACUAUUGUGUUUGUUGAAAGGAAGACAAGGUGUGAUGAGGUGGCUGAAGCUUUGGUUGUUCAAGGUUUACAUGCAGUUGCUCUUCAUGGUGGCCGUAAUCAGAGUGAAAGGGAGUCUGCUCUACGUGAUUUUAGAAAUGGCUCCACUAAUAUUUUGGUUGCAACAGAUGUUGCAUCACGUGGUUUGGAUGUUACAGGAGUCGCUCAUGUUGUUAAUCUAGAUCUUCCGAAGACCAUGGAAGAUUAUGUGCACCGGAUUGGAAGGACAGGCCGUGCUGGGUCAAUGGGCCAAGCAACUUCGUUUUACACUGAUCGUGAUAUGUUCCUUGUGGCACAUAUAAAGAAAGCAAUAGUCGAUGUUGAAUCUGGAAAUGCAGUGGCAUUUGCAACUGGGAAGGUUGCAAGAAGGAAGGAGAGAGAAGCAGCAGCUGCUUACAAAGGUGCAAGAAUUACCAUGUCCAAGUCAAUGAUGGGACCUACAUCAAUUAACAUCGAAGACAAAUAUAGGUUCAUGAUUGCUACUUCAAACAUCAAAAGGGAGGGUGCUGCGGAUAGCGCUUGGGAUGACUGAUAAAUCUCUUAUGGUUUCUCUUGAAAGACGGUUGGUUGGCGAUCUAAGUUUUAGGCUUCAAAAUUUUAAGGUUGGUGACAUUUCGUGGGUUCUGCAUCUAUUUGUCUUGAAAUUGGUUUUCCCCACUUUCAGCAAGUAGCCCGAGGAGAUUUUAUGGCCUCUCACUCAUUCUUGGUGUUAGUAACUAUGUGUUUUCUCCACCAUUGAAAGUUUUCACUACCAAGAAAAAAAAAAUGCAUUUAUGAUUUUGAUGCCUAUAACUCUUGGAUUGAAGUUCAAAGCGUUCUGGUGAUGACAAUGAAAGUAGUUCACGUUUCGUCCCAGUAGUCUCUUCGCAACAUCAAUGUACUUGGAAAACGAUUACACGGACAAAGUGAUUUGCUAUUACAACUUAUAGGAUUGGCUCACUGGUUAUGUACAUUGUAUAUCUUCAAAAUGUUAUAUCAAAAUAUUUGUGUCCGA